AUGUUUGCAAUGACAUCUAUGGGUGGCAAGGUGGAUAAUAGAGUUAAUGAUGGUAGAGGCCCAUACAUUUUCAGACUUAAUGGUCAAACCCAUCAUAGGAUUGGAACACUUCUUCCUAAUAAUGGUGAGGACCCACAAUUUGCACAGUUAUAUUUCUAUGAUACUGAAAAUGAAGUCCAACAUAGAAUGAAUGCCUUUAGUAGCAGUACAGUUAAUAAAGACCUUGAUCCAUCUAUUGUUGAUGCAUUGGUCAAAAUGUUUGACGAGUCAAACAAUUUGGUGAAGAUAUUUCGUAUGUCUAGAGAUCGUUUCAUAGAACGUGAUAUUCAUCAUUUAAGAUUACGUCUUAUUGGCUCACGAACUACAAAUGGAAGAGAGUACAAUCUUCCUACAUGUUCUGAAAUUGCUACAAUUAUUGUUGGCGAUAUUGGUGUUGAUAAUGCAUUUUGUGAUAUUAUUGUGGAAUUAAAAGAAGGAGGGUUACAUAGGAUCAAUGAGUCGCAUCCAUCGUACAUGGCAUUGCAAUAUCCUCUUUUAUUUCCAUAUGGUGAGGAUGGUUUCAGGCUUGGCAUAUUGUACAGAAAUAUAGAUGAGACCAGAUCUGACACAAAUGACUUCGUUACUAUGAGAGAGUAUUAUGCAUUUAGAUUGCAAGAGCGGGAUGGUGAGGGACAUACAUUAAUAUCUGGUGGCCGAUUAUUUCAGCAAUUUGAUGUAGAUGCCUAUACAUGUAUUGAGGCAAUAAGACUUAUGUGGGUGAAAAAUAAUCAAGAAAAGUUAAGGAUUGAACUGUAUAAUGGAUUGAAGGAUGCGGUUAUGAGAGGUGAUACCACCCCUGCAUCCGCUGGAAAAAGAUUUGUUUUACCUUCAAGUUUCACAGGAGGUCCAAGGUAUAUGAUCGAAAAUUACCAAGAUGCAAUGGCGAUUUGUAUGUGGGCUGGCUACCCAGAUUUGUUCAUUACCUUCACAUGCAAUGCAAAAUGGCCGGAAAUUGAGCUUUUCCUAUCUAGGAAACUUGGGCAGAAAAUUGAAGACCGACUUGAUGUGGUUGCAAGAGUACUUAAGAUAAAGCUUGAUCAACUUUUAAACGAUUUAAAGCAUGGUCAACACUUUGGAAGAGUAAUUGCAGUUGUCUAUACCAUUGAAUAUCAAAAGAGAGGCCUACCUCAUGCACACAUAUUGCUUUUUCUGCAUAAUGAUGACAAACAUCCUACAGCAGCAGAAAUUGACAAGAUAAUCUCAGCAGAAAUUCCAGAUUUGAAAAAGGAACCACUGGCUUAUGAUGCUGUCAAACAAUACAUGGUCCAUGGUCCUUGCGGAUCUGUAAAUUCAAGGGCAAGUUGUAUGAUUGAGAACAAAUGUGUGAAACACUUUCCUAAAAAAUUUUGUUCUCAAACAACAGUUGAUAAUGAUGGUUUCCCAAUAUAUAAAAGAAGGAAUAAUGGAAUAUAUAUUGAAAGAAAUGGAGUCAAACUCGAUAAUCGAUAUAUAGUUCCUCACAAUAUUGAUUUAUUGGUGAAAUUUCAAGCUCACAUAAAUGUCGAGUGGUGUAAUCGUUCAAGGUCUAUCAAAUACUUAUUCAAGUAUAUUACGAAGGGACCUGAUCAUGCAACUUUGAUUCUUGAAGAAAAUUUACAUGUUGAUGCUUCUACUGGAAUGCAAAAUAUGACAGACAUAGAUGAAGUUAAAGCAUACUUAAAUUGUAGAUAUGUGUCUGCCAUAGAGGCAUGCUGGAGGAUAUUUGAGUUUGAAAUCCACUAUCGACAACUUGCUGUUCAAAGACUUAGUUUCCAUAUCGAAAAUCAACAGCCAGUUGUUUUUAAAGAUACUGAGUAUUUAGAUAAUGUUAUUAAUAGACCAGACAUCAGAAAAACUAAAUUUACAGAGUGGAUGAAAGCAAAUGAGUUGUAUGAAGAAGCAAGAGAAUUAACUUAUUCUGAGUUUCCAACAAAAUGGGUUUGGCAUAAAAGAGACAAGGAAUGGAGAUUGAGGAAGUCUGGAAGAUGUAUAGGGCGUAUAUACUAUGCUCAUCCUGCAAGUGGAGAGCGUUUUUAUUUACGGAUGUUAUUAAAUGUUGUUAAAGGAGCUCGAUCGUUUAAAGAAAUAAGAACUAUAAAUAAUGUAGUAUAUUCAGAUUUCAGAUCAGCAUGUUAUGCGCUUGGUUUGCUUGAUGAUGAUAAAGAGUGGCAUGAAGCUUUAAAUCAUGCGUCACAUUGGGCUUCAGGAAAACAACUUCAUGAGCUUUUUGUCACAAUGCUGAUUUUUUGUGAAGUUUCUGACCCUUAUAAAUUAUGGAUUUCGAAUUGGCGGUUAUUAUCCGAGGACAUUCUUCAUCGUCAGAGAGUAGUUUUACGCUAUGACAAUUUACAUCUUGAUGACUUCCAAUUGCAGAAUUACGCACUUAGUGAUAUAGAACAAAUUCUGAUAAGAAGUGGAAGAUCUUUGCAAGAAUUUGAAACAAUACCAUAUCCAAACACAUUGCUUCUGAGACAAUGUAAUAAUAGAAUAUUACAAGAAGAAUUGGAUUAUGAUAGAGAUUCUUUGGCAGUGGAACAUAUUGAACUUUUUAAUGGUCUUAAUUCUAAUCAAAGGAAUAUAUAUGAUGUAGUAAUUGAUUUUGUUUUGAGAAAUAAAGGUGACUUCUUAUUUGUAAAUGGACAUGGAGGUACUGGGAAGACUUAUCUUUGGAAAACCAUUAUAUGCCGGCUGCGUUCAGAAGGAAAGAUUGUCAUUGCAGUUGCAUCAUCUGGAAUUGCUGCAUUAUUAUUGCUAGGAGGGAGAACAGCUCAUUCGAGAUUUCAAAUACCAAUAAUUGUAACAGACAGUUCAACUUGCGGAAUUAAACAAGGUUCACAAAUUGCAGAACUUAUGACAAAAGCAAGUCUUAUAAUUUGGGAUGAAGCUCCUAUGACACACCGAAACUGUUUUGAAGCUAUUGAUCGUUCACUAAGAGAUAUUUUACAUUUUACUGCCAGCAAUAGUACAGACAAACCUUUUGGAGGAAAAACAGUUGUUCUUGGUGGUGAUUUUAGACAAAUUUUACCGGUUAUACCAAAAGGACGAAGAGAACAAAUAGUUGAAGCAUCAAUUACCAAGUCUUCAUUAUGGAACAAUUGUAGAGUUUUCAUUUUGUCCAAAAAUAUGAGGCUGACACAAGAUCCAGGUGAUAUUGGUGCAAGAGAAUUUGCUGAAUGGAUAUUAAAAAUUGGUGAUGGUGGACUUAAUGAUAGUGAAAGUGAAUCAUUGAUUGAAAUACCACAUGACUUACUAAUUCAACCUGGUAGUCAUCCUUUCAACGAUAUCGUGAAUGCUACUUAUCCUGACUUCCAAGCUAAAUUCAACGAUUCAAAGUACUUAGAAGAAAGGGCAAUUUUAGCUCCAACAAAUGAAGUAGUUGAAGACAUAAAUGAUUACAUGAUUGACCUUGUUAAUGUUGAUGAAAAGACAUAUCUCAGUGCAAAUUCAAUAUGUAAAGCUUCAACCAACAUUCUAGAUCAAGAUAUGAUGUAUCCAACAGAGCUUCUCAAUUCAUUGAAGUAUCCCGGUAUUCCAAACCAUAAACUUAGGUUGAAAGUGGGAUUGCCAAUAAUGCUACUUCGAAAUUUAAACCAAAGUGCUGGACUUUGUAAUGGUACCAGGCUUUUAGUCACUCAGUUAUCAAAAUGGGUUUUGGAAGCUCAAAUAAUAUCAGGAUCUUAUGUUGGAGAUAAAGUAUUUAUUCCAAGAAUAGUUCUUUCCCCUUCUGAAUCUAAAUGUCCUUUCGUACUAAAAAGAAGACAGUUUCCAGUAUCUGUUUGCUUUGCUAUGACAAUUAAUAAGAGCCAGGGACAAUCUUUGAAAUCUGUUGGACUUUAUUUAGAGAGAUCAGUUUUCAGUCAUGGACAGUUAUAUGUUGCCGUCUCUAGAGUUACAAGCAGAAAUGGUCUUAGAAUACUUAUUGUAGAAAAUGAUAAUGGCGAUCACUUUCAUACAAAAAAUAUUGUAUACUUAUUGAUAAUGACUUCGUGUUCUCAAAUUUCUCAACCAUGCCCAAGCUUCAUGUUUGAGUUGUGUAUCCAGUUCUCCGUAAAAACUUGUGAAUCUCCACUCCUCUUCCUUAUUUUUGCAAAUUGUGGCAUCAAUAUGGUUCUUCGAAAAAGUCUCUAUUGUUAA